AUGUUUCUCCAAACCCAAGAACUCGACGGUUUUUUCGAUGAAACAUUAUCUGCCCUCUAUGAUUCGAGCUCUCCUGACGGAACAAAUUCAUCAAUGACGUCAAAGAACAUUGUUUCAGAAAGGAAUAGGAGGAAAAUGCUCAAUGAAAGGCUCUAUGCAUUGAGAUCAGUGGUUCCCAAUAUUACAAAGAUGGAUAAAGCAUCAAUAAUCAGAGAUGCCAUUCAGUAUAUUGAAAAGUUGGAGAAAGAGAAGAGGAGAAUUCAGUUAGAAAUAUCAGAGCUGGAAUCUGCUACAUCAGGAAAUAGUACAAUGUUUGAUUUUGAUCAAGAGGCUACUACUUUUUGUCCAAAUCCAAAGAGAACAAGAUUGGAUCUUGGCUAUGAUUCUAAAACAUCAAGAUCAUUUCCCAUUGAAGUUCUUGAGUUGAGGGUAUCCCACGUGGGGGAGAAGACAGUUGUGAUUAGCCUCACUUGCAGCAAUAGAGCAUACACAAUUGUAAAGCUCUGUGAGAUUUUUGAAUCUUUGAAGCUCAAAAUCAUUACUACCAACAUAACUGUUUUCUCUCAAAAUCUUUUGAAGAUAGUAUUUGUUGAGGCAGAUGAAGAGGAGAGACAACUUUUGAGACCAAAGAUAGAAGGUGCCAUUGCAGCUCUAAAUGGUCCAGAGAGCCAUAUGAGCUUCUAA